AUGGAGUCUCCCAGCAGGGUGUUUGACUGCCCCAGCAUCCAAAUUACCUCCAGCCCUGCCAACUGUCACCAGGACCUGGGUGUCCACCAACAGGAGGCUUGCCCGGCGGGUGCAGAGGGAAACGGAGGAUCUGCACUGGCUAAGGACCAGCUGUACCUGUCACUGGAGGCACCUUACAGGGAUACCUCCUCCCUCAGCCCCUGUAGCCCCUGCAGCAGCUUGUCCUCUCGGAGCUGGUUCUCCGACGCCUCGUCCUGCGAGUCUUUCUCGCACGUUUACGACGACGUGGAGGCGGAGCUGAACGAAGCGGCCGCCCGGGUCAGGCUGGUGUCGCCGUACGUGUCUCCGCUUGGGUCGCCUUUGCCGUCCCCUCUCGCCUCUCCCCAGGCGUCCCCGCAGGUCUCCCCGAUCGUCUCACCCUUCGGCUCCCCAAGCUACGCCCAGCAGGCCACGUACGGAGAAGAUCCAUGGUACCGUUUCCAACAGCAGCAGCAGCAGCAGCAACAACAUGCUCUUUUUGCACAAUCGCUUUCGCCCCACCAGUCGCCUUAUCAGUCGCCUCGUACCAGCGUUACCGAGGAAACCUGGCUGAACCCGCGCACGCACUCUUCUUCCUCGAGGCCUUCCUCUCGACCCACGUCGCCGUGCGGCAAAAGGCGGCAUUCCAGUGCCGAGGUCAUGCUGGGGUCGUCCUCGCCUCACCUCUCUCCCGUUCCGACCCCCACCCAUUCCCCCCAGGGAAGCUUCACGGAAGAAUCGUGGAUGUCAAACCCAACCUCCAUAUUCGCCCCCUUCCAGCCCUGUGCCUCGGAGACGGACGUCCCGGUGAAAACCCGAAGGACGUAUCAGCCCUAUCAGAACCAGAAUUUUACACCGCUCUUACCUGGACAAGCAGAUCUCGCUCAGGAGGACCACGGUGUCGGGUCUGCAGCUGCCCCAUUAGACACGGCUCUGGAGGGCUCCUUGGCCGGCAUCAAGAAAGAGGAUGUAGUUGAGCACUUCUUGUCAGUACCGACCCAUUUCUCAUGGACUAAACCUAAACAAGUGCACAACCCUAUAUACAGGGCGUCUGCUCUGCCGUCGUUGGACUGUUUGUUGCCCAGUCAGUUUGGCCAGUGUGAAUUACACAUCGAGGUUCAACCCAAACCUCAUCACAGAGCUCAUUAUGAGACAGAGGGAAGCAGAGGGGCCAUCAAGUCUCCCUCUGGGGGACACCCCAUGGUGAAGCUCAUUGGAUACAAUGAGAAGCCCGUUAACCUGCAGCUAUUCAUCGGAACUGCGGACGAACGCCACGUGAGACCGCAUGCCUUCUACCAGGUGCACAGGAUCACGGGAAAAACAGUCACCACUGCCAGUCAGGAGAUGAUAAUCGCCAGCACCAAAGUUCUAGAAAUUCCUCUGCUUCCCGAAAACAACAUGUCAGCCAGUAUUGACUGUGCAGGAAUCCUGAAACUGCGGAACUCCGACAUAGAGCUCCGGAAAGGUGAAACGGACAUCGGGCGGAAGAACACGCGAGUGCGAAUAGUUUUCCGUGUGCACAUUCCUCAAGCCAAUGGGAACGUGCUGUCUCUUCAGACUGCCUCUGUCCCUAUAGAAUGCUCCCAGCGUUCAGCCCUGGAGCUGCCUCAGAUUCAGAAGUUCAGCCCGGUCAGCAGCACUGUGAACGGAGGAGAGGAGAUGCUUAUAACUGGCCCGAACAUUAACUCGGAGUCAAAGGUCAUCUUCCUGGAGAAGAGCCCUGAUGGCAGAACCCAGUGGGAAAUUGAUGCCAAACCUGUUCAUGAAAAGUGUAAAGAUAUGAGCAUUGUGGUGAAAAUCCCUCCGUAUCACAAGAGAGUCAUCACCGCUCCAGCGCAGGUGUAUUUUUACGUGAGUAACGGCAAAAGGAAACGGAGUCCAGCUCAGCGAUUCACUUACCUGUCAGGUGUGAAGCUUCAACCUGCUGAGUUUGGCCAGGAAAAGGACCUGACUUCUAGAGAUCCUUUAGACUCCCAGUCCACUCACUCACUCCAUGGUCACUAUGCAGCUGAGUUCCAGUCUCUGUCUGACCAAAAUCUUCCUCUGGAGCAGUGGCUGUUUGAUGGAGGUCCAGGCUUUGGGGCGUCUUCAGCCCAGCUCAGUUACUCUCCUGUGAGCUCUUCUCCUCUCAACCAACCUGUUCUUCCUGGCAGAGACUUCAAUGCCGGUCCUGCUCUCUAUCACACACUCAACCCCAGGGCUGUGGAGAGUAUCAAGCCCUCAUACCUGGAUUCUCAGCCAAAAUCUCACCAUAACGGAGGUCCCAGUCUUCCUGUGAACAGUGCCUCUCUACAAAAUCCCAAAUCCAUGUCUUUCCCGUCUGGGGAAGCUGUUUCCAGACCUGACGUGAGCUACAAUGGUUCUCCUGUAGUUCUCUCCGGUUCCUUCUCUUCCUCUUCCGGUGGCCUACAGAUAAACCGUGAAUCUGUUCACAAGCACUCUCGGGACUUUCAGGUGCCUCCGGGUUCAGGGUCUGAGCACCAGCUUCAGAGCCACCAGGAUCUCCACGGCACACGCCACAAACCCUCCACCGCCGCGCCUUUUCUCCCGGUCGACCCCGGAAAGUUCCCUCAGCCUUCCUCUUCUGCUCAAGUGCCACCUCUUUCCCACCAGUCUCCCGCAAGGGAGUCGCCUUCCGCCUCCUCUCCUGCCGGUGGGGGCCUUGUGGACCUUCAGCUCACUAGAUCCCCCCCGGUGCAGGCUGCCGGUACCAGCAUAGCAUCCCUGUCCCCGGAGACUUCGUUGGAUCAGUCUCUGGAGGCAAAAAAGUUAGACAUUAAGCAAGAGCCUGAUGAAGACAAGGAACUAGCCUUCCAGUCUAUUGGUCUCCAGGACAUCACUCUGGAUGAUGUGAGUGAGAUUAUCGUCAGAGACUUGUUCCAGAGCCCAGAUCCUCAUGAUUCAGCGGAGGGUCAGAGCAAGCCUUAG